AUGGAUUGGUUAGCUGCUAACCAUGCCAGCAUAGAUUGCUCUCAUAAGGAGGUUAUCUUUAAGCCUUCUAUAGGAGCCGGUUUUAAGUUUAAAGGGAUUGCCACCGUAGUCCUACCCAAGGAAGUUUCCGCAUUGAAGGCCAGUAGGCUAUUCGACAAAGGAGCCUGGGGCUUUAUGGCCAGUGUGGUAGACACUAGGGAGAAUGAAGUUACCUUGACUUCACAGCCAUUGCCUGAAUUUACCAAGGUAUGCAACCAUACCAUGAUUUUUAAUGAAAUGGAGUACAAUGGAUUUAUCCCAGAUACCAUUGUGUAUAAUUCUCUCCUCAACGGCCUAUUUAAGGCUCGGAAAGUUACUGAAGCAUGUCAACUUUUUGAUAAAAUGGUGCAAGAAGGUAUAAGAGCUUCUCCUUGGACGUACAAUAUUCUAAUUGAUGGAUUGUUUAGGAAUGGAAGAGCUGAAGCUAGCUACUCUUUAUUCUGUGAUAUGAAGAAAAAGGGUCAAUUUGUGGAUGGUGUUACUUACAGCAUCAUUGUAUUGCAACUGUGUAAAGAGGGAUUGCUUGAGGAAGCACUACAAUUGGUUGAUGAAAUGGAAGCGAGAGGCUUCGUUGUCGAUCUUAUUACUGUAACAUCUCUUUUAAUUGCAAUGCACAAGCAACGCCAGUGGGAAGGGUUAGAGAGGCUCAUGAAGCACAUUAGAGAAGGUAACUUGGUCCCCAAUGUUCUCAAAUGGAAGGCUAACAUGGAAGAUUCAAUCAAAUAUCAGCAAAAUAAAAGAAAAGACUACACAUUCCUGUUCCCCCCAAAGGAGGAUUUGAGUGAGAUUAUUAGUUCAAGAGCUUCUUCUGCUGCGGAAGUUAAUGUUGACGAUAUUAUCGAAAACACAGAAGAAACAGAUGCUGACAGUUGGUCAUCAUCCCCACAUGUCGAUCUUUUAGCUGAUCUUGCAAAGUCUAAUGGUGAUUUUUUGCAACCAUUCUCUCUAGGUCAGGGGCGACGAAUCCAAGCAAAAGGGGACAACUCAUUCGAUAUCAAUAUGGUCAAUACAUUUUUGUCUAUUUUUCUAGCAAAAGGAAAAUUGAGCUUAGCUUGUAAGUUGUUUGAGAUCUUCAGUGAUAUGGGUGUCAACCCGGUGAGGUAUACCUACAAUUCAAUGCUGAGUUCAUUUGUGAAGAAGGGAUACUUUCACCAGGCAUGGGGUAUAUUUAACGAAAUGGGCGAGAAGGUAUGUCCAGCUGAUAUAGCCACAUACAAUGUGAUAAUUCAAGGACUCGGGAAGAUGGGUAGAGCGGAUCUUGCAAGUUCUGUUCUGGAAAAGCUAAUGGAGCAGGGUGGCUAUCUCGAUAUCGUAAUGUACAACACAUUGAUUAAUGCGCUGGGGAAGGCAGGUCAAAUGGAUGACGUAAAUAAGCUUUUUGAGCAGAUGAGGAACAGUGGGAUAAACCCAGAUGUUGUCACUUUUAAUACACUUAUCGAAGUUCAUAGCAAAGCUGGUCGGUUUAAUGAUGCUUACAAAUUCCUGAAAAUGAUGCUGGAUUCAGGCUGUUCCCCGAAUCAUGUUACAGAUACAACUUUGGAUUUUCUGGGGAGAGAGAUUGAGAAAGUGAGGUAUGAAAAAGCUUCAAUCAUACGUGACAAAAACAGUUCUUGAAUGUUUCAAUUCUAUUACAAUUUGGUAGUCUUUCUGUAAGAAUGGAGAACCAAGGAUUUGCUGGGCAUUCUGGGUCCAUAACCAAAUGAAACAUUCAUGGGUUUCCUGGCCAAAUUUAGGCUCUGUGAAGCAUGGACAUAUUAAUUGAUAGUACCGUAACGUUUGGUCCCUGCUUUCUUUGAAGAAGCAUCUUUCUCAAUACGAAAGAAAAAGCUUGCAGGUGGUUUGAGAAUGAUGCUAGGUCCUUUUUUCCGACAACAGAUCGGAGAACCGACUUUCUCAAUGUUUCUGUAUCGCAGCAGGGAAGCGAUUUCAUUUAUGAUAUCCGUGAAGGAAAUGUUUCAAGAUCCAGACCUUUGUGCUUGAGCAGCACUCCCAAUGUCUACUUAUAUUCAGAGUAUUUCAUUCUCUGAGGGUGAACAUAAGAAUCGGUGCUCAUACGUCUGGGAGUAAAAUGGUGAGGUAUAAGGAAAAAGCAAAUAAAAAGCAGGCAGUUGAAGAUGUGUCCCCGGUUGCUACAAACAAGUAUGGUGUUCGUGUUUAUGGAAUGUCUAUUACAAAGAAAGAGGUUGAUGUUCUUCCCUCUUCGGCGAAACAAAGACGGUCUGGUGAAAGCCAACCAGUGAAAACAAAAGGAAAAGAGAAAGUAAGUUCUUAAUCUCUUACUUUGACUGAUUUAGUAGGAAAAGGAGUUAAAAUAUAUCCUGAAAAGAGUAAGUCUUCGUCUGAAGGUUCAUCGAGUAGCAUGCAUGACUUUGUAAUUGUAUCUAGAAACCCUAAAGAUGUCUCUAGUAUUUCUUAUCAGGAUUAUCUGAAGCCAAGGUUUCUGAUGAACAUUUUGUGAAGAUACUAAUACUACAACUGAUUCUAUUUUGAAAACUAUUCUUUAGGAGUUUAUUCCUACUGAUAAAGUUGGCUUUAUUUCGAUAGAGUCAGAGAAUGUCUUA